UAUAGAAUACAGGUAAUGUAUAUAGGUAACCGAACAUUUUAAUUCUUAGCAUUUUUAUUAAGAUUAAAAAAUAGAGAGCAACAAAAGCAUGAAACUAGUGGGAUAUUGACCUUGUGUUUGUGUCCCAUGUCAGUCUGGCUCGAUGGCAGUUGUUGCCAUUCUCACCGAGUUCUCAUGGUGUUCAUCAGAGAUUUCUGAUACUCUUCCUGUGCUUCAUCCUUGGCAACAGCUGCUCACAGAUUUUCAUACUACCAAAUAAAUAAGGCAUGACUGUGAAGCAGGGGAUAUUUUUCUCUUCUAACAGUCUGGUAAUGAGAUGUGACCAGUUUUUCAGCUGAAUGAUUGCAGCUCAUCAUAUUCCAUUUGAAAAUAAGCACCUUUCUGUCAACAGAAAUAGAGUUUUAAAUGUACCUAGAACCUCCUUGUGCCCCUAUUUUCAACCCAGACAGAGUUAAUAGCAUACAUCUGUUGGGGUGGUGUACAACGUGACUGCUCAUGUUAUCAUGACUGUUCUCCAAACCCUUCCUUCUGCAUUCACUUUGAGGAAUCUCUGAAAUGCUCCCAUGCCUUUCACCUGCAAUGCUGUGGGCAUCAAGAUCUAGGAUGAUCCAAUAACAUGCAUAAUCACCAGAGUCACAGAUAUCUUUGCAAGUACAAAAUGGCAGUCUCAGCACAAGAACAGGGCAGGGAAAGUGUUCUUGAUUGACUGCAGGCAAUUCCAAGGAUGAUCCAACUCUUUGAGUGGAGUUUGCCAAGAGGCAAAGCAGACCCAAGAUACCAAUGUGCUCUAUGGAGGGAAUAAAAAGAAAUGAAGGAGAAAAAAGAGGAGAAAGGAAAGAGGAAUGGAGGAAGUGCAAGAGCAGGAGGAUUUUGAGAAGCCAAAACCACACAAGUUUGCCGAUACCUACAAAUGCUAACCCUAAUCCUAAUUGAUCCUCAAUUUAUCCCUAAUCUUAACUCCAAUGCUAACCCUUAACCUAACUCUGUCAUCCCAACCCUAACACUAAACCUUAACCUAACCUUAACCCUAACACUAAACACUAACCCUAGUCCUAACCCUAACUGAUCAUAACCCCAGCCCUAAACCCAACCCUAACCCUAAUUGGACAUAACCCUAACCUUAACUAUAAGUGAUCCUAAUGCUAACCCUAACUGAACCUAACUUUAACUCUUAUCAAUCCUAAACAUAACCCUUACCCUAACCCUAAACCAAACCCUAAAAUUGACUUUAACUCUAAUCCUAAUCAGAGGAUACUCACAAUUAGAGUAAGUUUUUGGAAUUACUAUAACUGUGCAGUCAAAACCAGCAGUAUAUUCCUAUUUCCCCACACUACACAAGUUUUAGGUGAAAUCAGUGGGGAAAAAUAAAAAUAAUAAUUAAUUAACUAAUUAAAAUUAAAAUUUAUUUUCCUUUCAGUACCAAACCAUGAUAUUUACAUUUUUUUUUUGGUGCUUUAUUAAUAUUUCCCAUUAAACUUGAUCUCUUUGGAGAAGAAGCAAUGGGGUGAUUGCAUGUGCUCCUUGGAUGUGUGAAUUCUGCUUCCCUCUGGCAUAAGUAUUUCUUCCAUGAGCCAUGACUCCUCUCUAACUAAUUAAUUAAUUGAUUUUAAAUUAAAGCAGUAAUUUAAAAUAACUCCCUUAAUUGAUUUAAAUGGGCUCUGCAUUACUUUGAAUUCAGGUGUCACUGGACAAGGUUGUGGUUUCUUUCUGAAUUCUUGAACCAUUUAGUCACAUGUCAUCAUUCUGUUCUGAAAGGUUAGAGGGCAUUAAAUCAUUCAUAGCUCUUAAAUGAUACUAAAUUUCCAUUAACUGUGAUAUAAAAAAAUAGAAUUUCCAACUGUUACAUGCUGAUAUUUUUACUUGAAAACAUUGACAAUUAUAGUUUUUGCCUUUAAGUUUAAUGCAGAAAGACCUGGCUGUAGUUUAAUACCCUUUUCUUUUUCUUUCUUUAGCUCCAGCAGCAUGAAUAACUUAUUACUAAGAAAAAUUAAAAGUAUUUACAACUUAUUGUUGUCUUUUUCCCUUAACUCACCAGACAAUGUUGAUAGUAUUUUUGUACCUUUAAAAUGUGAUUAAACAUGUAUUUCUAGAAUAGACACGAUGUCUUUAUUUUUAAAAUACAUACAAAAUGAAUAUGCUUACAAACACACUAAUUACCCAAUUUUUUAAUGAUCAUUGGAGGCAGGCAAGCCUUCAGUUGUUAAUUAUCCACCAAUUAUGAAAGGACAGCCUUUCAUAAUUUCAAAAUAAAUAAUUACUUCAGGUAAAGAAGUGGAGUCUCUCUUGGACUGCAAGGGAAAAACAGUUCUUUGCAAUUAAUGUUCUGUGGCUUUCCUUUUAGUUUAGUUGAACUUGUGUCUCAGCUCCAAGCAACAAAGGGGUUAAUUGCAUUUAUUACUCCCUCUGUGUCUGUGGUUGGUUAACAUUCCUCUUUGAAGUGUUUAAACAUUUCUUAAUCCCAUUUUCUCCUGUUUGCUUUGAAAACAGAACACGGUCAAACGGGAAAUCACUGUUUUAGUUGUUUGUCCUAAAAACCAAUUGUCUUCUGCACUCAAAUAAAAUAUUUACUACUUCUCAAACAUUUUUUGACACUCAUUAUGUGUUUUAUUUACUUUCUGAUCUACUUAAUCAGCUCACUGUGUUACAGAAAGUUGUCGAACUACUUUUUUUCUUUUCUCAAGCAAAAACUUACUCCAUUCAUUCUAUUUAGAAAAUACUUUUAAUUUAACAUAUAACCAUAUGACUGCCUUGUUACAAGGAGUAUUGCUUGGGUUUUGCUUGCUACUAAUUAAUGGCAUUAAACAGCCCUGUCCUUGGAUCUGCAGAGACCGUAUAAUGCUGCACAAGGGAGAGAACUUUCCCUCUUCCUCCCCCUUCAAUGCCAUUCCAAAGGUUUCUCAUUCAACAGAAAAGAAAGGACCUUCAGCUGAAGGGAAUAGGGAGGCUCAAGUGCUUAUGGGCUUUUCAGAGCAGCUGUGGGAUAUAUAAAUAAGAAAUGAAGGCACUGCAGGAGGAAGCCAUUAAUGUUUUUUAUAUUUUUGAAGGAAAAUGGAGAGUUCCAUGGGAAAACACAAGAGCACAGAAGAAAAGUGUGGUUCUUGCAGUGGAUCCGGGGCAGAGGACACACGGGACUAGUUUUGGUCACUGAUUUUCAGGAAACGAGUGGCUGUUGAACUUUGGAUAUCGUUAAUCAUUGCUCCAGAAUGGUGCAACAAGAAAACCAUUUUCCUCCCCUUUUGAUUCUCUGCCCAGCUUCUGGAAGCAGAGCAAAGCUCUAUUUUUUUGUAGAAAACAAGGAGUUUAGGGUUUCCAUCUGCCUCCUGUCUCCCAGGUUGUCCAGGCUCUUCCUAAGAUAGCUGCUAUGCACCCAUCCCAGCUCUGAGGGCAGGUCUGCAGAGCUGCAACACCCUAUUCCCAUCCAAGCAGAAUGCCGGUGCACUAUGUAAUGUACAAAGGCAUUAAAUUCCCUCCUGCCUACAACUCCGUGCACAGCUUGAGUUUUGCCCACAAUGAGUUCCUGGUGCGGGAUGAUGACAUCUUCAACAUCACCUACCCUAAAUCUGGCACCGUGUGGAUGACUGAGAUCCUGAGCCUCAUUCGCAGCCAUGGUCAUCCCAGCUGGAACCAAACUGUCCUCAAUUCUGAUCGCAUGCCUUGGUUCUCAACACACCUGGGUCUGGAGGCAGCCCUCAGCUACCCCUCACCUCGCCUGCUGACCUGCCACCUCCCCAGGCAUAUCUUCCCCAAGUCCUUCUCCCAUUCCACUGCCAAGGUUAUCUACACCCUCCAGGAUCCUCGAGAUGUUGUUGUCUCCUACUUCUACUUCUGCAAGAUGUGUAACAGCUAUGAGGACCCCGUGUCCUUUGAGCAGUUCUUGAGGGACUUUCUCAAUGGAGAGUUGCCCCAUGGCUCUUGGUUUGAACAUGUGCGAGGCUGGAUGGAGAUGAAGGAUAGGGAGAAUUUCUUCUUCAUCACCUAUGAAGAGCUGAAGCAGGACCUGCAAGGCAGUAUGAGACGCCUCUGCCAUUUUCUGGGACAGAAUUUGGAUGACAAUGCUAUCUCCUCAGUAGUGCAAAACGCCUCCUUCACGGCCAUGAGGCAGAACCCCAUGUGCAGCUCCAUCUUGCUCCCCGCAGACAUCAUGGACCAGACCAAAGGCCAGUUCCUGAGGAAGGGCAUCUGUGGGGACUGGAAGAACCAUUUCACAGUGGCACAGAGUGAGACCUUCAACAGAAUCUACCUGGAAAAGAUGCAGGGAUUGGACAUGGCCUUUCCUUGGGACAGAGAUUGGGAUCCAGACCAAACUGAGGCCAGCUGAGCAAUGGGUAUAAGCCAUCUAUUGGCAACUGGGGUAACUGGUGGCUGUUGGACACAGGGAGUUGGAUCCAGGGGUACAAAUGGCUGCAACAUGAAGCAGAGCAACUUGUUUGUCAGCUGCAGCCUGCUGAGAUGUUUCCCUGUGGUGACAGGAGAGCAGCAGAGAAAAUGGGGAGGGAGGUAAAUGAAGAAGUGUCAUUUCUAUUUGCAGUUCCCAAUACACGAGUGAUCUGAAUUCAUGGAGAUUAUCCAAGCAUGACAAUAUACUGUCACGUCUGGGUGAUGCACAGGAAAGAAUGUCUGUAUAAGAUGUUGUUGCAGUUGCACCUCUGUUGAUCUAUCCUCAUUGAGACUAAACUAAGUGAUGAGUUUGAAUGAAGCAGAGACAAUUGUGUGCUGUAUCGUGGGGAUUUAACAGCUCAGCCUUGUCAGUGAAUGGGAAAAAUGUGCUGCGGAACAGGAACUACCAAAGGAACAUGGCCAAGUGCAUCACAGAUAGUCAGGCUUGUGUAGACUUUUUGUCUAUGCUAAACUCUACAGAAGGACUUGGGGAAAUCAAAGAAGGGGAAGACCUUUUAUGGAUUUUGGCUUAGACACGGUUCUGUGAUUUGUGUAUCUCCAAGCAUUCACAGGGCCUACAGAAAAGCCCAACUCUUUGCAAGUGCCAAAAUACAGCUUGUAAAAUACCCACAGCUUUACUUCCUGGACAUCCAGCCAGAGACAGCUGGGCAUGACUCCAGCUUUGGCCAGACAUCACCUGAUCUAUCCUGCCAUAGCAAGUUAUCCCAUGGAUAGUGAGCAGUGCCUUCCACAUUGGUAGGACUGGCAUGUCCAUGUUGUGCAGUGUCGUAGCUAGAGGGUGACCCAACUUAUAGUAAGGCUAUUAACCUAAUUGGUAGUGCAGACAGACUAGCAUUUAUGGUGCGCCCAUUCAUACCCAUCACAUUCUGCUUACUGAUCAUCAGUGUGGGAGCUCAGAUAUAAAGGACAUACAGCACAGCAUUAAGAGGUGCCUACAAAAUCAUGGUUAAAAUCAUUUCCCCUUACAUAAACUACAGUUGUAUGACCUAUUUCAUGUGCUGAUUGCUUUAUCUGUAUUAAAUAGCAUUCUUUAUCUAGCUUUAUCUGUAUUAAUAGCUUUAUCUGUAUUAAUAGCAUUCGAGCUAUGUGUGAUGCGUUUUAUACCAAGCACGAUAUUACUUUCCCACCACCCUGCUAAUACUGUGGGAUUGGUUCAGUGCUUUAGCCAGGCUUUGUAUCAAGCAGCCUGUGGAGCAACAUGCCACAUUCCUACCCCAAUGAAGAUGCCUUGAGCACUGUGUGAUGUCUCUAAAAUCAUUCAGUAUAGGAGUUCAGGAGAUACAUAUAUCUAUGAUAUGUACUAUUUUUCCUUAGACUCUUCUAUGGAGCACUGUUUUGCAUUUUUGAUGAAAAUAUACAUGAUUGCUUACUGGUGUUUUAGUUGCUGCUGAGCUGGAAUACCAUGCUGGUAUUCUUAUCAUACAAGGAGAUGAAGAUAGUAAGCUAGGAAUUUCCCUUGAUGGCUGGCUAUGAUGGACAAAAGCAAUCUUCACAUGCCUUUCAACAGCUGCCAGCAUUCUUCUCCAUUACUUUUCCAAGAAUUGAGGUUAGACAGAGAGGUCUGUAGUUUCCCAUAUCUUCCCUCAUGCCACAAUCCCACUUUGCCUUUAAUGAAUUCUUGAGAUAAAUCCAUUUAUAACAUCUUCCGAUUCCUCUGGAGUAAAUCUCACCAAGCUCCAUGGGCUUAUGGACAUAAGAAGAGGACCCUUACAAUUUCAGUGUCCACAGAAAAAUCACCGCUAACCCUUAAUCAUUAUCCUGAAACACACAGACUAUCAUUUGUAUUUAAUACCCAAGAUCCCAUUAAUACUAUAAAUAGAGACCAAAAAGAUGUAUCCUUUAGAACAACAAAAUCAGACCAAGGUUCUAAGACACUGAAUGGCAGAAUAGCAUAUGGGAUCAAAAUUAGAGGGGCAAAGGUGCAAAAUGAGAUAGGUUGAGCAAAGGGUAUAACAGGACAACAUUCUGUUGCAACACCACAUUUACAAGAUGGGACAGAAUAGAAAAAGGGUUUGUUAGCAAAGUAGAGAGGAUGGGAAGACAGUGAAUGUGUGUGCAAACUAUGCUGAAGUGCUGGCUUAUUUCCACUUUCAUUUUUGCUAAAAUUCUUCUUAUUAUGACACAGCUAAAUUAAUGAAGCAGAUAUGACACGGGUUGAAGUGCCAAAUGCACACUUAGGAAAGACAGGUAUUUUGAUCAGAAUGUAAAAUCAAAAUCCUUUUCAAAAUCACAACUAAAUAUUUGGGGAAAUGGCAAAAGUCAUUUUUAACAGUGCUUGUGAGAUUAAGAAGGUGCCACAUUCUGGUUGGUUUGAUCUAGUGUAGGUGUUUAGAAAUGAAUGAAUGAACGAAUAAGUGAAUGAAUGAAUGAAAAAGAAAGAAAAUGUGACUAAGAGAGGACAGAUGAAAGGGAGAGAGGGAGAGAAGGAAGGAUGCAACUCUAGAUAAUUUUAGAAGAUUCAGUCAGAAUUCAAUUCCUGGAAAAUAUUGAACAGAAAGACAGUGCUUCUGUUUGUAGUCACCCAAAAGGUAACAUGCUACGAAUCAUCAGCAAACAUCAGUUUGUUGAAUUUAACUAUCAAGCAAGCAAUCUGCUAUACAAAUACAACACAGGAAUUACUGGCCAAACUCUCACAGGCAGACAAGCUAAGGAUCAGUAUCAAAGCACAACUGAAUCAAUAUUGUAAGGGUGUUGUGAAACAAACAAACAAACAAACUUCACCUGAAAUGUCUGUAAUGAGAAGUCUCAUUUGUGUGUAAAAUGUGUGACCCUCAUCUUCUCAACAGCUCUGAGAUCUCUCCUGCACGUCAGUGACGGGGUGCAGGCAUCAGUUUCAAGAAGAGUGUUGGCCAACUGUUGGCAUGCUUGAGGCUGACCAUUAGGGAAACAGUGAUAGCUACCAGGACAUAGGAAACAGAGUAGAGACGAGGAGGUCCCUUCCAACCUCUAUGAUUCUUUUAUUCUGUGGGAACCUGCUGCUUGCCUCACCAGCAUCCCCAAGACCAGAAGAAUGAACUGAACACUGAACACAGAGAAACAGCACCACAGAAUUUCACAAGCAUGUCCUUCCUCUUGGGACAAAUUUGAGAGAAAAAAAAAUAGUGGGUAAAAGAAAAAAACUCUUCUUAAAAGUUGCUGCUUUUCCCCUCAGAAAAUGGUUCUUUUGUUUUUGAAUUAGUGGCAAGGCAUGAAAUUGACUUUCCCAGCUCUGCCUUGGCACUAGUACCCUAUCCCUGCCUGGAAGGUCACUCAAAAUUCCACGUGCCUCCAUCCCUGCCACUGAUGGUCCAGAACAAGCUGAGCUGAGCUUAGAGGACUUGUUUGCUCAUCAGAUUCCCGAAACAGUCCAAUUUCACAAUCCUACAGCCUACAUCAUGGCAGAAGAUUCCUGGCAGAGGUUUGGCUUCUCCUAGUUUCUGAGGGAGGUGGAAUGGAGGGAGGUUUGGGGACAGAGGGGAGGAGCCAGGACUGUAGGGGCCUCUCAAAUACCCUGUCCCCUGGGUGCAUGUCCUACCUCCUCCCUGCAAUGCAAUCUGUGACCAACAUGAGGUUCAUCCUCCUGCCGUGUCUUUGGGCUUCCCUUGCAGGAGUCCUUCUGGCAGAAGAUGUAGACACCAGCACACUUGGGGUUCGCCUGGUGGAUGGUCCGAACAGAUGCUCUGGAAGAGUUGAAGUGCUUCACAAUGAUGUCUGGGGGACUGUUUGUGAUGAAGGUUGGGAUUUACGGGAGGCCAGGGUGGUGUGCAGGCAGCUGGGCUGUGGGACAGCAUUAUCAUCCCCCAAGAAGUCAAAAUAUGGAGAAGGGAAGGGCCAGAUCUGGCUGAGUGAUUUGGACUGCAAAGGGACAGAAGGGUCCCUCUCCAACUGCAAGUCAAAGCCAUGGGGAGAGAAUGCCUGCAACCAUGUGGAAGAUGCCAGUGUGGAGUGCUCAGGAACAGAAAUACCUGAGCCAGGGCCACUUCGUCUGGUGGGAGGCCCAAACCGAUGUGCUGGAAGAGUUGAGGUUCUUCACGAAGAGCAGUGGGGCAGUGUGUGUCAUGAUGAAUGGGAUAUCAAUGAUGCCCAAGUUGUGUG